AUGGAAGGGAUCUUUAUAAGGAAACAACAGCUUAACAGUGUUUUGGGAGAAGAGAGAACGCAAAAUGUGAAUGAAUCAAUGGCCAACGAUAAUGAUGUUUGCCAACGCGGUCUUAGCUGGACUGUACACUGUACACUCUCUUACAAAUCUACCUCACCAUCUCCACUCAACUACGUCGUUUUGAAGCUCCACCUCAACCGCUAG